AUGUCUGGAACAACCAUUUUUGCUGUAAUUGAGUGUCUGAUAAAGUUUGGAAUUAUUGGAGCGAUCUCCUAUGGGUUAUACGAGACAUAUGGAACCAUACUGUGGUCGGGUGUGCUUCUCCUCAUCUCUCUAACCCUCUCCAUUUGCUACCUGAAACGUUUGGAUGACUAUGCGAAUCUUCAAACUCAUUUGAAAUAUUUGAAUAUGAAUGCUGCAGGAUUUUUCCACAAAAAUUUGAAUUUAAAAGAAGAAAAGACCACUGGAACUUCGAUCUUUCCCUGGGUUUUUGCAAGUUUUUCGAUAUUUUUCAUUCGAAUUUUCGGCCCUUUUGGAUUUUAUUGGAUUUUUGCUUUGACAAUUCUACUGCGCUAUUUCUACAAUUUGAUGGCUCAACUUGAUGAAAAUGCCCAAAAUCUAAAAAAUGAGAUGAAAAUCGCGGAAAAAGAGAUAAGAAACAUGAUAGAAGUCGCUGAAGAAAUGAUGUUCGAUUUCGGAGAAGACUCGUAUAAAUGCGAUUUUUAUGAUUUGGAUAAAUUUGAAAAAAAUUGGAAAAUUUGGGAAAAGAAGUCUGAAAACCCAACAUUUUGGGUCCAUAUCAAACUUUCGAUGGCAGCAUUUUUGGUGGGAUUGAUUGUGGAGACUACUGUAGAUGCAGUAUUCAAACCGCUCAUUUCCCUACUCACUUUCCCAUUCUUCUCCUUCCUGCUCUUCAGUAGACUACAAACUACAAAAUGGAAAUUUGAGAAAUUCGAAGAAAAAUGUGAUAUGCUUUGGGCUUAUGUGGUUUUCGCCUUUGAUUUGGCACAUCGAGCCGAGGAGAAUCUGGAGGACGACAUGGAAUAG